AUGAGUUCAAAAAUACACUCAGUUGAUGUGGAAAAAGAUGCUUUCUCAAAUGCUAUUCCUGAGAUUGAAAUUCUGAAGAGAAGAAAGAAAGAAGAAAUAGAGAAACAACAAGUUCUUGAAAUACAGGAACUUGAAAAAGCAAGCAAGAUUCUUGGAAAGCAGUGUCUGAGUGAGAUGAAUGAAGAAGUUCUGUUAAUUCUUCAUGCUCAGGCUAGACAACUACAGGAGAAGAAAACAUAUGCUCAAGCAGCUGAAUCUGCUGUCUCUAAACCUGCUGUCUCAAAACCAGCUCAAAAUCCUGAGAAAACUGAGAAGAAUACUGCUCAUGCCUCUAUUCAUAGAAAAGUGGAAAAGAAAAUGCAAAAAGAGAAAAACUUCCAAAUCUCCAGAAAUAGAAGACUUAUUCUCAAAGUCUCAAACCAGGACAUUCUGCAAAGAAACAAGCUAAACUCAAAUCUCAUUUUCAGAAUCAGAAAUGAAAUUAAUCAGCAGUUCUUUUCUCAGUUGAUGACUGAUAUUGAAGUUCAAAAACCAGUUAUAGCUUCAAUUGAGUCAUCAUUCUUUGAAAACUCCAUCAUUCUGACUACAAUGCCUGAAUUCAGUGCUGAAUUCCUUAUUCAGAAUGAGAAUCUCUGGAAGUCAGCAGUAGAAUCUUUGCUAAACACAACAAUUCUAUCUGAAAGAGAUGAAAAGUGGGACAAAUUCAUUCUUCAUGAUAUUCCAGUUGAAAUUUUUGACUGUGAAGAAGGAAUGCUACUUCUCAAAAAUGAAUUGAAAGAAUACAACUCCAUUCAACUGAGAAAGGAGCCUGUAUGACUAAAUUCAAUUGAGUUCAGACAAAGCAGGAGAAAUGCCUCUGUUCUAGUAUAUACAAAAACACUUGAACAGUCAAAGAUCUCUGAAGUAAGAGUAGCAGGUUUGAAAAUGAGAGUUCAUGAAUACAAAGACUCGAGAAUGAAUCUCAAAGCUCAAACACAGUGUUCAAACUGUCAAAGAUAUGAACACUUUGCAAUCUCAUGUUUUAGAGACUCAAAAUGUGCAUUCUGUGCCAGAG